AUGACAAGAAGAACCCUCAGGGUACAGAAUGACUCAUUGCAAGAGGGACGGAUGAAUCAGAAGGAAAGAUGCAGGAAGCUGGAUGGCCUCGAUGGAAAUGUCAUCGUUAGGGGUCUAUCCAUCCAAAAUCCAAUGCAAGUAGGGGGUUGUGGGCAAAAUCAUGACCAGCAAUGGAUAACAAAUGACGAGGAAACCCAUCAAUCGCCCCCCAGCUCCAACAACAAAUGGUAACCACAUGCAGAGCAGCUGGGAGGUUUUGGGAGUAAAUAUUUGAACAGGCCAGACGCACCACCAUCGUAAAUAUAUGCUACAAGAUAUACAACUGGAAAUUAAGGAAAUUUUUUAAUGAUGCGUUAAAUAAAAACUCGUAAGUAGUCAGUAAAGAUGAUGAAAAGUAUUCAACCAAGAACAAUCCACCCUUACCACUCAUCGUCGCUAAAAGGUUAAGGGGCAGCUCAAAUGGAAUGCAUGCUCCCCAUUUUGGACUAGUCUGUGAAAGAUUUGUUUUUAACUUAUUCAACUUUAUAUGGACAUAGUUUGAUCCACGAAUGCUCGGAUUGAGAAUUUCAUUAUGUUUUUUUGGUUUUUACAAAAGGCCAUAGAGAAGAAAUGAAACAUUGUAAAUUUAAUUUUAUGGGAUCAGAAUAUACUCCAGGACAAGAUUGACCAGUAAAGCUCAAAACCUCAUUUUCCGUUACAGGCUUUUGCAGUGUGUCUGUUGAUAUGUUGUCUGUCCAUUUUUUCUUUAUCUUUUCAUUUUGAAAUCCUACAUAAAAAAAUAUUGUGUAGCUGGAGCCUGAUGGAGCAUUGGAACUAAGGAAAUUACAAAAUAAGUGUUUCCAAGGCUGUUGAAGAAGAACAACUUACUAUUUUUCAUAGCCCUGGUGUUACGGAUUGGGAGCAUAUUCCUGAGUUGUGUCCUUCACUGACACGUCUGCAGCACCGCCCAUUGCCUGGCAAGCAGGAUAGAAGUUAUUUGAUAAAAUAAUAUUGAGUUCAUAUCCCAGUGCCAAGGGGACUUUUAACUCUGAGAUUAAUCCUCUGUCCGGGCAAAAAAAAGGCAAGGAAGGACCAAAUUAAAAAAUAAAUAAAAAAAAUAUUUCUAGAAAAGCCAGCAGACUUUAUCCUCACAAGAAGAAACCUGCAACAGAAAGGCCCUCGAAACAAGGAGGAGAGGAAUAAGAAGUUAUAAACAGCUGAUUAUAAUAUGAAAAUUGGUCUCAUUGCAUGAGCAGGCAGUCAUGUAGCCAAACAUAAUAAGCCAAUUCUGCAAAACACGUAUUGCCUCAAUGGUAACUUUAUUUUCUUUGAGCAAUAAAAUUUAUUUUAUAUAAGGAAAAAAAGCUAUUUUAUUUUUAUAGUUACCAUAUUUUAAACAAUAAACUUCCAAAUACUGUUUUGAAUUAUAUUAAUGAGAUCAGAGGUGCCCAGAAGGAGUUUCAUGGCGCAAGUUGUGCCAUCUAACUUUUUGAGCAGGG